AUGGCUGCUACCAGCAAUGAUCCUUCAUUGGGAGGAUCCCAAGACAUAUCAAUCGAAAGCGAUGUGCCUUCUGAGGCCAAUUUCGCAUUUCUUGUUCACUCGCAAGAUUCUUUGAGCAAUAGUACUCCUCCUAGCGUGGAUGACCAUCGUCUUGCGAGGCAGAAGCGUAAACGAACAAGCCCAGUAGACCAUGCGAUAUUGGAGGCUGAAUUUAAGCUCAAUCCAAAGCCAGACAAAUUAGCUAGACAACAGAUUGUCCAACACGUCGCUCUUGGCGAGAAAGAAGUUCAGGUACGUGGCUCUUCAAAUCAAGAAGAUACGUUCUCGGAGUCUUGCUCAAGUGUCCUCCAUGUCUUGAGUAGUCAACAAGACCCAUCGAGCCAAAGUAGUAUGACGCAACUCGAUCAGAACAAUACCGAAAUAGGUGUAAUCGCCGCCAUGAAUGAUGAUGAGCAGUUGUUGUCCCAGGGGAAUGAGAUCGAUGCUUUCCCAAGCGCUCAAAAUACCAAAGAAUCAGAGGGUAUUACCCAGACUUUCAAAUUGGACAGUUCAGGUACCAUGCGGCCAAGGGAUUCAGCCGACAUCCUGAAGUCACAGUCUCCGAGCAAGCGCCGACCUGGCUCGUAUGCAAAUCGUCGCAGUGCCUCUUUCAUCAUACAUGAUGAUCAUAGCCUUCCACUAAACAGGGAACCACGUUCAAGCCUGAAUAGUAGUCAAGAAUGCCCGAAGAGCCAAUCGGCAGUUCAAAAAGCGCAAGGUCUGCGAAGGACGUCUUCAUUAAUGAAACUUUCAACGGACGAAGACGGCAAAGCUCUCUUGAUGCCAAGGACAGGGGAAACGCCGUCCCCUCCGCGGGCAAAUGCGUCACUGACGGCUCAACUCAGACGCUCACGAGGACCAGGUCUGCUCCGCAGCUUUAGUGCUGUCGAUCCUGUGGGUAGCCUGAGUGUAUCAGAUGUUCUACCUGGCUUGAAGUCGAGACGCCAAACCCAUGGAAGGUCACGAGAUGCUCGUACAUGGGAGUUCUAUUGUGACGACCAGGCUCAAGAUGCUUUGUCUAAACAAGCUGAGAGGGAAGAGAGCGGAUCAGCCACAGCAGUGAUUGGCUUGAUGAGGUCAAACAGCAGCAAGAGGUUGACUUUGAAAUCAAAUGCAAAUAAACGUAACGCAACAAUACAAAAAAAUGAAGCAGCAAAGAGGCACAAAACUGAAAAUGAAAAAAUGAGCAAGCCGAAGUUGGAGCGCUCAAUAUCUUCUGUUGCGAAGUUGCAAACAACGAGCAGCAAUAUUCAAAAACAAAGGAACGAUAAGCCAGCGCCCAAGCAUAGCAAGUCCUAUUCUCAGCCUUACAUUCUCGAGGACCUGGACGGAGAUUCAGACAAAGAGAAUUGGGUUCCUGGCACUCAGCAGCGACCACCCCCGCCACGGCGGAGACCGGUGACAGACCAAGAGACUGCUCGCACCUUGCUAGAGAGUUUGCGUGAACCGAGUCAAAGCUCAAGCGGUAGCUCGCUAUUUGGCGGUGGAAAUUCUAGAAGGCACUCAUCAGCGACUAAAGUAAGUAACAGAGAGAACAGGACUCCGGAAGUAGAUGACGAUGUUGCUGUUUUCAUGGGGGGGUCAAGCCUGCCGAGGGAAGAAGAAGACCUGGACUGUGUCCAAAACUUAUUGAGCUUGAGCCAAGCAGCCUGGUGUUGA